UCUCACUCUCACCAUCUUCUCUCUCCUCUUUCUCUUGCCCCCAAGUCCAGCCUUUCAUUUUUUUUUUUUUUGGUUUGUGUUUUUUUUUUCACACUCAAAAAAUCCCAAAAUUCCACUCAUUUUCUCGCUCAAUUGACCACCAAGAUCACGGUUUUGGACUAUACAAUGCCUGAUCUUCCGAUCAGUUCCGAAUUCUUGGGCUGAAACUGGAAUUUGACUGAAUUUAGGGGACAAAAAGCUGAUCUUUUUCUAUCAGAAAUGCUCGAAGCAGUAGAAAGUUCAGUGAAUGGGUUUUCACAUUUGCAGAGCUGUGGAGACAGCAGUGAAGAAGAGCUCUCGGUUUUGCCACGUCAUACUAAGGUUGUUGUGACUGGUAACAACAGGACUAAGUCUGUUCUUGUUGGUCUGCAAGGUGUAGUCAAGAAAGCUGUUGGCCUUGGAGGAUGGCACUGGCUGGUUCUAACAAAUGGCAUAGAAGUCAAGCUUCAGAGGAAUGCGCUUAGUGUAAUAGAAGCUCCUACAGGCAAUGAGGAAGAUGAUGACAUUGAAUUUGAAAAUAUGCAGUGGAACGGCUCAGAUAUGGCAUCCGAUGAUACCCAAAAGUCCCAUAGAUCAAGGCCUCGCAUGCAUAAAUCAUCCGGGUCAUCUCACAAGACUAUGAGCAGGUCUGUCUCUUGCGAUUCACACUCCAAGGAAUCUAUUUCCACUCCUAGGGGGUCCACGAAGAUUGAUCUGAGCAAACUAGAGAUGGCUGCCCUGUGGAGAUACUGGCGGCACUUUAACCUUGUGGAUGCCAUCCCUAACCCUUCAAAGGAGCAGCUUAUCGACGUUGUUCAGAGGCAUUUUGUGUCUCAGCAAUUGGACGAGUUGCAAGUCAUUGCGGGGUUUGUGCAGGCUGCAAAGAGGCUCAAGACCGUAUGCAAGUAACCCUACAGAAAGAAAAUGGGCAAACUCUUUGCGCAUUGUUCCUGACACUAACAAAUUGAUUGGCUAAUUUCCCCUCCAUCGCUCUUGUUUGACUAAUGCCUGUAAUAUAUUCAUAAAUAUAUACUCUUUGACUGUUCUUCAAGUUUAUAGUAGUUAACUUUUUUUUCUAGUUAUUGUGUAAAUAUGAUGUAAACUGGGGACUGACUCUAAUUAAGGUGCCUUCUGAGCUUCCAAAGAUCCAUUUGAAUCGAAUGUAUUGCUGAGACCCCCGGGGGAAUUGGUCA